CUUUUUGCCGAACUCACCCACUGUUAUCAGCGAUAAGAAUUUCACCAGCUUCACCAAAACAAAACGUUUUAAACAAAAAUCUGGAAAGAUGGAGGCACCUCCGGAACACUGUCCUGGCGUGGAGAGCGAGCAGGCGGGCAAGGUGAGCGCCUGUGCCGGCUGCCCCAAUCAGGGCAUCUGCAGUGAUCCCAACCGGAAAGUCGAAGAUCCCGGCAAGGCUCUGGUGGCAGAGUCCCUGAAGGACGUUAAGAACAAGCUGCUGAUCCUCUCCGGAAAGGGAGGUGUGGGCAAGAGCACCGUGACCAGUCUUCUGACCCGGUACUUGGCCAGAAGCUGUCCCAACAGCAACUUCGGGGUGCUAGACAUCGACAUUUGUGGUCCGUCGCAGCCCCGCUUGUUGGGGGCUCUGGGCGAGAAUGUCCACCAAUCCGGUUCCGGCUGGUCGCCCGUGGGCAUUGACGACAACGUGUGCCUGAUGUCAAUUGGAUUCCUUCUGGGCUCAGUGGAUGAUGCGAUUAUCUGGCGUGGCCCGAAGAAGAAUGGCAUGAUCCGGCAGUUCCUGAGCGAGGUGGACUGGGGGAACUUGGAUCUCCUGCUGCUGGACACUCCUCCUGGCACUUCCGACGAGCAUCUGUCGGUGGUUUCCUAUCUGAAAGAUGACACGCAGCCCGAGUCGCUGCGUGCCGUCAUUGUGACCACGCCGCAAGAGGUGGCUCUGCUGGAUGUCCGCAAGGAGAUCAACUUCUGCAAGAAACAGAACAUUCCCAUUGUGGGAGUUAUCGAGAACAUGAGCAGUUUCCGGUGUGGUAAUUGCGGGAACAGCUCCGAGAUCUUUCCGGCCAAAACGGGAGGAGCAGCAGCCAUGUGUGCAGAGAUGGAGGUACCUCUACUAGGAUCCCUGCCCUUGGAUCCCCAGAUAGCCAAGGCCUGCGAUUCUGGCGACGAUAUAACGGAAAUCAAGAACUCAACUACAGAGGCUCUGGAUGGGAUUUGCUCCAAGAUUAUGUCAAGCUUCAGUUAGCAAGCCAAAUGUCGUUGAAUAAAAUAAUUUUUGUAUUUUUUUCGAUAAA